UUUGUCGAGCUUCCUCAUAUUUGAUAUUCGCUUGAGAAGAUCUGGAAGAGAAGAAACAGAGAGAGCGCGCUAAAAUCCCGAAAGAAGUAAACCACUGCUCUCUGCCAGUCAAAACCCGAAGCUUCGAAGAUGAGUACUAUGAAGUUUUGCCGAGAAUGCAACAACAUUCUGUACCCUAGAGAGGACAGGGAGCAGAAGAUCCUUCUCUACGCCUGUCGCAACUGCGAUCAUCAGGAGGCUACUGAUAACAACUGUGUGUACAGAAACGAGGUACAUCAUUCUGUUGGGGAGCGCACUCAAGUAUUACAGGACGUAGCUGCAGAUCCCACUCUUCCUCGCACUAAAUCUGUUAGGUGCAACAACUGCGGCCAUGGAGAAGCUGUAUUCUUCCAGGCUACUGCUAGAGGAGAGGAGGGUAUGACGCUCUUUUUUGUCUGCUGCAACCCAAACUGUGGCCAUCGAUGGAGGGAUUAGAAUCCAUUUGCUCAUAGUGCUUGUUGAUGGAAUUCAACACAUACCUUUCACAAUGAAAUAUAACUCCCGAUUUUUCUGGCUCAAAUGUAUUUUGCUUAAGAGCAUGACUGGUAUGUACUUUCGUUAUGAUAUUAAUGGCGCAAUAUUUCAGUACCCUGCGUUGUUUAGGAGUAUUCAAUAA